AUUUUUUGGUGGGGGGGGGUUUUGGUGGUGGAGGGGGGGGGGGCCCAAGUCGCCAAUAAUGGUCCCAAGCGUUGGCCAAGCUUCACCGGUGGUCGAGUGCCUUGUCGGUGUUGGGUUUUGCACUGCGUCGCUGCUGAGAGUAUAAUAAUAACAACAACAACAAUAAUAAUAAUCGCAACAAAUAGCCAAGAGGGAUGCGAAGGGGAGACAGGGCGCGUUGAAGAAUGCCGACACGAAAGAUGGAGUGGGAACUGAUCGUGUUAGUGGCGUGUGAAGUCACCGAGGAUAUCUUCACAAACCCAGAGAUUCAGGACAGAUUCGAGGCUCUUUUCCGGGUUUACGACAAUCAAGCCACGUUCCAGUUAUUCCGUAGUUUUCGGAGAAUCCGGAUAAAUUUCAGCAAUCCCGAAGCAGCCACGAGGGCAAGGAUAGAACUACACGAAUCCGACUUCAGCGGCUCCAAACUCAAGCUAUACUUUGCACAGGUCCAGGGCACCCAAGAUGAAGGUGAUAAAUCGUACCUCGCCCCUCCGCAGCCUGUCAAACAGUUCCUUAUCUCCCCUCCGUCCUCUCCUCCAGUCGGAUGGCACCAGAUAGAAGAUGCCACUCCUGGCAUUAACUAUGAUCUCCUUUGUGCGGUCGCUAAGCUCGGUCCAGGUGAGAAGUACGAGCUUCACGCGGGGACAGAGUCCACCCCCAGCGUGGUGGUCCACAUCUGCGAGAGCGACAGUGAGGACCAGGGGGCUGUCAAGCUGCCCAAACAACAGAUGAUCCCGACAAGAUGCCCCGACAAGCCCCCAACACUUUACAAAUGAGAUGUUCUACCUGUGUCCUGAAACCAUAUCACUUUCUGCAGCAGCAACUCAACAGCUGUCACCCCUUUGCCCCCCCUGCCCCACCACCACUGCCCCCUCCCUCC